AUGUCGUCGGCGCAGCCACAGCCGGAGGCGCGGUUCACAGAGGCGGCCGUGACAAACGCCGGCAUAGAGCUGGAUGAGUCGCCGUGGGUGAAGGAGGUGCGGUGUCGGAUGAAGGCCGAUGCAGAGCAGCUGGGCGCUGUGGCCAAGGUCUUCGACGUGCCGCGGUUGCUACGGGCCACAAGGCCCGAGGCCUACACACCGCAGCACUUCGCCCUGGGACCCUACCACUACCAGCGGACCAAACUCAGAGACAUGGAGCGUUACAAGCUUGCGGCGGCCAAGCGCGCCGAGAAGAAAUUUGCCGGCAACCGCACGUUCGAAGAUCUCGUGGACAAGUUUGCUGUCAUGAAGGAUAUCAUCCGGGCCCCCUACCAUAGGUACCUCGAGCUGAGCGAGCCGACGCUGUCAUGGAUGAUGGCUAUCGACACGUGCUUCCUCCUCGACUUCCUUGAGAACUACCACGUGGAGUCGGCCACAGACUUUGUGUCCUCCUCUGCCAACUGGAUCAACGCCAUGGUGCGGGACGCCAUGAUGCUCGAGAACCAGAUCCCGCUGUUCCUCUUCGCCGAGGCGCUACAGCUCCGCCACAUCUCGGAUGAAGCCGAUGUCUGCGUUGUCUUGGACCGCUUCAUCACGGAGGUUAGCCCAAUCAAGACCAACACGCCGGCCUGUACCAGCGACAUCACCAAGCACGGGCACCUGCUGGAGCUCCUAUACCAUUUCCUCGUGCCCGAGUCCAUGAACGCAGUGGCGGCAGAGCAUCCAGUGCUGGUCUCAGAUGUGCCCAUCAUCGAGCAGCCGCACGCGGACAAGCACAAGGGCCUAGGCGAGGCGUGCAUGCCUGUGCCCAUACAGUUCAUCAAGAGCCUCGUGUCCAAAACGAUGAGCACGAUUACGCAGAAGAUGCCGCAGCUGUUGGUGGUGGGGAAGAUCCUCGCCAAACUGCUGGCGUCGACGGACCAGGCAGUGCGGCGCAACGACGUGAACCUGGCCACCAUCAUAAAGUCGCCACUGGCGGAGGAGAUCAUGAUCCCGUCGGUGGCACAGCUGGCCGCGUGCGGCGUGCGGUUCACGGCGACUCCGGAGGGCAUGGCCGGGAUCAACUUCGACGUUGCCACGGCGACGCUCACCCUGCCGGUCCUCCACCUCGACAGCAACACGGAUGUGAUCCUCCGAAAUCUGGUGGCAUACGAGACAACCAUGGUGCGCGGCCAACUGGUGCUGGCGCGGUACACGGAGCUGAUGAAUGGCAUCAUCGACACACCCAAGGACGUGAAGAUCUUGAAGAAAUAUGGGAUCAUCUCAAACAAGAUGAAGAGCAACGAGGAGGCGGCCGACAUGUGGAACGGGAUGUGCCGGGCGGUGCGCCCGAGCAAUGUGCCGCAGCUUGACACAGUGAUCAGGUUGGUCAACAAGCACCGGGACGACAACAAGGCCGUGAAAGCGCGCAAGUUGCUAAAGAGGUACGUGUUCAGGUCGUGGAGGCUGCUCACGCUGCUCGCCGCCGCCGUGCUGCUGCUCAUGAUGUCACUGCAGACCUUCUGCACCGUCUAUGACUGCAGGCGCUGGCUCGGCCAUGGAAUACCCCAGCUGCCGCUACUCAUGCCCGAAGGAAAGCAGUAG